UAACAGGAAAAUGUAGGAUGUCCGGCGGCGCAUGCGUAAUGCCACAUACUGACAGCAAGUAGAGCAAACAGCCAAGCUAGCCAACUGUUAGCUGAAGAAAGCAGCUAUUUACACACAAAACUUAGGUUGAGAUGUUUCGGAGAAAACUGACAGCGCUAGAUUAUCACAACCCCAGUGAAUUUGACUGCACAGAUGAGACGCAAUUUAGGAACUGCAUCGUGUGGCUGGAGGACCAGAAGAUUCGACAUUAUAAGAUCGAGGACAGAGGAAACCUGAGGAACAUCCCGAGCUCAGACUGGCCCAAAGCCUACCAGAAGUACCUGCAGGAUCUCAACUGUCCGUUUGGAGUUGAGGAGAAGCACGAGGCUCUAGACUGGUUACUGGGCCUGUCCGUACGAUAUGAAUAUGGAGACAAUGUGGCGAAGUACAAGGACUGUAAGCCGCUGGCAGCCUCCAGCAACAGUGGGGACAAAGCAGUGGACCCUCUCCUCAACCUUGACAGUAGUUCACCAGAUUUCAAAGCAGGAGUGACCGCUCUGGCCAACAUCCUAAAGAUACAGCGACAUGAUGAUUACCUGGUUAUGCUCAAGGCUAUUCGUAUUCUGAUCCAGGAGAGACUCUCUCCAGAAGCCGUCACUAAAGCCAGCCAGCAUACAGAGGGUAUUCCAGUAGCUUUAGACAAGCACAUCUUGGGCUUCGACACUGGAGAUGCCACUCUGAAUGAAGCGGCCCAGAUCCUGCGCCUGCUGCACAUAGAGGAGCUGAGGGAGCUCCAGACGAAGAUCAACGAGGCCAUCGUAGCCGUUCAGGCCAUCAUAGCCGACCCCAAGACAGACCACCGGCUGGGCAAGGUGGGGAGAUGAGAGCGAGGAUGAACGGGGACACUAAAGGAAGGCAGGGACUGAACCAAGGGAGUUUUAAUUUGAUUUUGAGAGGAAAAGCCCGUCUGCGCUGUGGACAUAAAUGAGUUUGGAUUUUGUUUCCGUUGUUGCAUGAGAUCAGACUGAUCAGAUUUGAAAUGCCAAAUUUUCAGAUGCUGCUUUCCAUUUUUGUACUGCAGCGUGAAUUAAUUUACACCACGUUAAAAUAGUUUUUGAUUGAGCGAUUAAUUAGUAUUAGUAGUACUGAUUUAGACUAAUAUGUUAAGUCACUAUUUCUUCAGACUGAGGUCUAACCUUCAGAUUAUCUCUUGGUUGCCACAAUCUCUCCCCCAAUAGAAACCCACAGAGAAGCUCCCCAGUUAUUCCUGGACAGUUAGAUUUGUCUUUUUUUUUUUUUUUUUUUUUUUUUGCAAAUGGAAGAAAGGGUUAUUUUGAAACUGUUUACAUUGACACUGUGUGGGAAAAUGUAUAAAUCCAGCUGAACAGAGUUUGGCUCCUGUGCUUCUUGUGUGGCCGAUGUUUGGUGGGGAUUUUCCUGUUCAGUGUCUUAAAGAAGCAUCAACCCAAAACACAAUUAUCUCAAGUCUGUCAAGUACCAAAUCACAUUUUAUUGUUAUAAAUAUCACAUCUUAUAAAAAGAUAAAGAUUUAAAAAGUAGUAGUAAAAAUACUUGGCAAAAAAAUAAAGAAUGUAACGUCCUUCCAUCAUGUGUGAAAUACAGAUUAGUAGUGCAGAGAAAUAUGGCAGGAAUGUAGUCGUGGUGUAAUCUGAUUACAGUAAUCUGAUCACAAAAAGUAUUUCAGUCACCCAACAAUGGCAACGGUUUUCCACUUAGCCUAAUUCAUGGCAUUUCAAAAAAUAAACAAAUACAUGUU